ACUGUCAAGCAGCUGAUCUCGUCGCUGACCAACACUGCCCAGUUGAGUGCAGGAAAAAACAUGCUGAACUGCAUGAAAAUAUGCUAAAAUUACUCAUCUGAAAUGAGCUGCAGUGCUGACCACUAGGGCUAACUGACAAGCGGCAUGUUUAGGAAACUGCUCAAGAUGUGGAUUCUGCUGCGACCCACCCACUGGCUGAUCUUGGUUGCCUUGUGCGUGCUCACCAGCGCUGGAUACUGGUUGCUCUGGUCGGAGAUUCGCUUGGAUCGCGCCUUCAAGCCGCUGUCCAAGCUGGGCGAGUCCCUGGGCCCCGAUCAGCAUGCCUUGUCAUCCGCCGACGACUUUAACUACGAGGAGCACCUGGUGGUCCUAUACAAUCGCGUUCCAAAGACGGGAUCCACAAGUUUCGUUAACAUUGCCUACGAUCUCUGCAAACCUAAUAAAUUCCACGUACUGCACAUCAAUGUGACUGCCAAUAUGCACGUCCUCUCACUUCCAAAUCAAAUUCAAUUGGUGCGCAACGUUUCCCGAUGGCACGAGAUGAAACCAGCGCUGUAUCACGGCCACAUGGCCUUUCUAGACUUCUCCAAAUUCCAAAUUGCUCACAAGCCCAUUUAUAUAAAUCUGGUGCGAAAACCACUGGACAGAUUGGUCUCUUACUAUUAUUUUCUCCGCUUCGGCGAUAACUACCGUCCGAAUUUAGUGCGCAAGAAGGCGGGCAAUAAAAUUACCUUCGACGAGUGCGUGGUGCAAAAACAGCCCGACUGUGAUCCCAAGAACAUGUGGCUGCAGAUACCCUUCUUCUGUGGCCACGCCGCCGAGUGUUGGGAGCCCGGCAGCAGUUGGGCUUUAGACCAGGCCAAGCGUAAUCUAGUCAACGAGUACUUCCUAGUCGGAGUGACCGAGCAAAUGUACGAAUUUGUGGACCUCUUAGAGAGAUCACUGCCCAGAAUUUUCCACGGCUUUCGUGAGCACUAUCAUAACUCAAAUAAAUCUCAUCUGCGUGUGACCUCAUCCAAGUUGCCGCCGAGCGAAUCAACAAUAAAAGCCAUUCAAAAGACAAAAAUCUGGCAAAUGGAAAACGAUCUGUACGAGUUCGCGCUGGCCCAAUUCGAGUUCAACAAAAAGAAGCUCAUGCAGCCGGACAACAAGCACGUGCAAAAGUUCAUGUACGAGAAGAUUCGGCCCAAAUGAUUGCCGAGAAGGCGACGGAGUCGCAGGUCAAGAAAUCGGCCGACUCCACUGGUCUAACCGUCUGCCAGGAGUCUCUGAGUUUCUUUAUUGUAAAUACAUAUGUCUCCCACUUAGAUUUGAUCUGUACUUAAGAGUAACUACUGUGAAACCUUAAGUUCUACUAAAGACUUUUGCAGUGAAUAUCGUUGACAUAUUAAUAAUCGCGAUUUUUGUACGUAGUCUAAGCAUUAACCCUGUAAAACAUCUGAGAACGCUUUGUAGUUCGUCGUAAGCAAUAUAUAGCAACAAUUGUCUGCACAAUAUCUCCUGGUUUAGUCAAAUGUACGUUUUAUACUCGACAAUACAAUGAAAGGAAUGGAUGAAUUUAGGCCAUAGAUCGAUAUUUCUAGAACUCAUAAAUGUAUUCAUAUGUAAACGACUCUCAUUAGAUGUAACUGUCGUAGCUUAAGCUCUAAAACUGAAUAUGACAUUCAAAAUAAAUGCAUGUAAAUAGUGGAUAA